AAAAGUUAGGCAAUUGUAUAUUCACGUGAUUGUCCUUGGUAACGCAUUAUUGAGGUAUCUGAUUUCCGCAAAGUAUUUGGAAUAUUGUGACGACUUGACUUAGCAUUGACGAUAAAGUUCUCAUAAACCUCCCUCCGUAAAUAAAGCACAAGCUGUUGAUCGUCAUCGCAUUCAUCUCCAGUAUCUGCUGAAAACAUCUCGGUUAGAUGGGUAGGACGGUUGAUAUUUCUGGGUUCCCCACUUUAGAAUCUGCGGAUGUAGUUAAGACAACUUUGGAACGAUACACUGGCAUAGGGAGUAUUGAAGCUUUGGAGGUUAAACAAAAAAACGCAGGGGCAAGAGCGUAUGCCAGAGUCCAAUUCACAACCAAAGCUAAAGCCGAAAGAAUAUUAAAGCUGGCUAACAGUAGGCAGUUGUGGUAUGGUAGAUCGUAUUUGAAGGCUUGGGAAAAGGACAUGGAUCUUGUCCAGAAGCCUAGGCAAUUCGCAUACGAAAUGGAAGGUGUAACUCUUCACUUUGGUUGCCAGGUGUCAAAAGAGAAGUUACCGGUGCUCUGUAAAAUGGAAAGGGCGUCAGUCAAAUUUGGAUUUGGACUAAGAAAGAUUUAUUUCGGCGUUCCGUGGCUCGAUACGAGUUACAAGCUGCAACUCUCGUAUGAGAAUAUCUGGCAAGUUCAGCUACACUGCCCACGUGGCGCUCCUGCAAGCUAUCUUGUUAUUCAGCUAUAUGGUGCGCCUCGACUUUAUCAGAAAGUCGAAGACAACCCACAUAACUUUUAUAAGGAACUUCCUGAUGAUCAGUGGGUUAGGUCAACCGACUUCACUCCAUCUUAUGCCAUUGGGCAGUCUUCUCAUCUCUGCAUAGAAAUUCCACAUGAUGUUGAACCACCAGAUCUUGAUCGCUAUUUUCCAUAUUUUGAAGAAAGUUACCACCCGUUCAACUUGGUGCCUGGUCGUAGCUUUUCUCAAAGUUCGGAUCUCGUCCCAAUUGUGGGUCCCCUUCCAUGGUGUUAUCUACCGUUUAAAGUAGUUUUUAAGAUUUGCGCAUUGGUUCAACAUGGUUGCAUUCCGGGACCCGUCCUUGAUGCUAAUUUCUAUGCAUUGUUGGAUCCUCAAAGACGUGACAUUGAAGCAAUUGAAUAUGUUAUGGAGAAACUGUAUUUUUCGAAAGAUUGUUGUUAUGAUCCGGUUAGGCUGAUAACCGAAGAAUAUCUAAAAAACAAAAAGUUAAAGUCGCCCGCUAUUUCGUUGGACACUGGUCUUGUAUACGUGAGGAGAGUUCAAAUUACUCCUUCGAAAGUGUACUUUUGUGGGCCAGAAGUCAACGUGUCCAAUCGGGUUCUACGUCACUAUGCUGAAUAUAUCGAUAACUUUCUUCGUGUUUCGUUUCUUGACGAAGAACUAGAGAAACUUUAUUCUACAGAUUUAGCUCCAAAAGUAGGUCGAAAUGGGGAAAGCAGAACCGCAAUUUAUAGGAGAAUUUUGUCAAUUCUUAGAAAUGGAAUAUCAAUUGGCGGUAAGAAGUUUGAAUUUCUUGCUUUCUCAUCGAGUCAGUUACGGGAUAAUUCCGCAUGGAUGUUUGCAUCAACCGGAAGACUAAACGCUGCUGCUAUAAGAAAUUGGAUGGGUGAUUUUAGUAGCAUCAAAAAUGUUGCAAAAUACGCUGCUAGACUCGGUCAAUCUUUCGGUUCAUCAAAAGAAAGCUUAAGUGUUGCACAACAUGAAGUUGAAGAAAUUCCUGAUGUAGAAAUUGUAAGAUCUGGUACUAGAUACGUGUUUUCAGACGGAAUUGGGAAAAUAUCUGCUGAAUUUGCUAAAAGAGUUUCUAGUAAAUGCGGGUAUGAUAUCAUUCCGUCUGCUUUUCAAGUCCGGUACGGUGGGUACAAAGGUGUCGUGGCUGUGGACCCCACCUCAUACAUGAAGUUAUCUUUGCGUAAAAGCAUGUGUAAAUUUGAAUCUACCAACACAAAGUUGGAUAUUCUCGCAGUUAGCAAAUAUCAGCCGUGUUAUAUGAACCGCCAGCUCAUCACCCUACUUUCUACCCUCGGAAUUCCCGAUCACAUCUUUGAAAAGAAGCAAAGAGAAGCAGUAUGCUUACUCGAUGCUAUUUUAGUGGAGCCAAUAAAGGCAGAAGAGGCGUUAGAUUUAAUGUCACCGGGAGAAAACACGAACGUAAUGAAGGGUAUGCUUUCGUGUGGAUAUAAGCCGAACGCUGAACCGUUUUUAUCAAUGAUGCUGCAAGUGUUUCGUGCAACAAAGUUGCUGGAAUUGAGAACCAAAACGAGGGUUUUUGUUCCGAACGGAAGAUCGAUGAUGGGAUGCUUGGAUGAAACCCGAACGCUUGAAUACGGUGAAGUUUUUGUUCAUUAUUCUAGUGCUGGAAGAAGGCCAUUGGGUGAUGAGUAUAGUGGAAUCGGCUCGUGUAAGUCCCGAAUUGUUAGGGGGAAUGUUGUGGUUGCUAAAAACCCGUGUUUGCAUCCCGGUGAUGUACGGGUUUUGAAGGCUGUUAAUGUUCCAGCGUUACACCAUAUGGUGGAUUGUGUUGUUUUUCCACAGAAAGGAAAAAGGCCUCAUCCAAAUGAAUGUUCCGGAAGCGAUUUGGAUGGGGAUAUAUACUUUGUCUGUUGGGACCCUGAUCUGAUUCCACGUAAGCAAUUCGAACCGAUGGAUUAUACCCCAGCACCAACUACGCAGCUCGAUCAUGAUGUUACUAUUGAGGAAGUCGAGGAGUAUUUCACAAACUACAUAGUCAAUGACAGUUUAGGUAUAAUCGCAAAUGCCCACACAGUCUUCGCAGAUCGGGAACCCACAAAAGCAAUGGCCGAACCUUGUGUAGAGCUUGCAAAGCUCUUCUCAAUUGCUGUCGACUUUCCAAAAACCGGUGUUCCAGCGGAAAUACCAGCAAAUCUCCGUCCCAAAGAGUAUCCAGAUUUCAUGGAGAAACCAGACAAAACAACAUACGAAUCACAAAACGUGAUUGGGAAACUGUUUCGAGAAGUAAAACAUAUCGCCCCACAAAACAGCCCUGUCACUCCCUUCACAAAAGACGUCGCUAGACAGACUUAUGAUGUUGACAUGGAAGUCCCCGGAUUCGAGGAUUACACUGAUGAAGCGUUUGAUUUUAAGACCGAUUACGAUAACAAAUUGGGUAAUCUGAUGGAUUACUACGGGAUCAAGACUGAAGCCGAACUUUUAACUGGUAGUAUUAUGAAAAUGUCGAGAUCUUUUGACCGAAGGAAUGAUGCUGAAGCGGUUGGUUUAGCUGUGAAGUCGUUAAGGAAGGAAGCUAGAAACUUGUUCAAAAAUGGCGGAGGAGAUAGGGAUACCGAAGAUGAUAAUGUUUAUGCAAAAGCAUCUGCAUGGUAUCAUGUCACGUAUCAUCCAAAUUACUGGGGUCGUUACGAUACAACACGUGACCAUUUUCUGAGUUUCCCGUGGUGCGUUCAUGACAAACUUAUUGAAAUAAAGAAACGAAAAGCGAGCAUUAGAAGACAUGUCGGUUAUGAUUCGCUAACACAGCAGUUUGGCACUGCAUUUAGUCUGGUAUGAGUAUGAUCCCCUUUUAUGUAACCACUAGGUACUUUUCGACUCGGUUUGAUUUGUGUACAUAUUCGCACGUUUGAUUUGGUUUGGUUUGGUUUGUUAUCGGAUUGUGUUUGCUUUAUUGUAUAUAUUGUCAUUGUUGAUUGGUAUUUGAAUCUAGUGUAAUUUUGGACUGAGUUUAAUGUACUGUAAAUAUUGCAACUC